GCUUGCGUUGUGUUAAAGCUCAAUCCUUUCCUAUUGUCUUGCAAGUUUCAACUUUCUGUUACUUUCAGCUCAAACUCAUUUCUCCAUUUCAUCUCAUUUGAGCUACUCUGUGGCUUUUAUAAUCAUCAUGCAUUUUGUCUUGCUACUUUUGCCAAAUUGGUGCCAACGAGGUUGAAGAAGACGACUUAAAAAGGUUCUUUCGCUUUCCCUUCUUGUUUUCCAUUUUCUUCAUCUGUUCGAUACUUCUGUGGUAAAGUAUUCAGAUUGAUCUUUUAAAUUUUGGGUUCUUGAUUGAUGAUGGCGGGUAAAAUAUAACAAAAUCCCAAGUUGUAAUACUCUGUUCCGUUACGUUCGAGAAACGAAAAAAAUUCAAAUUUUUGCCAGCGGUGAUUUAGGUUCCCUGAAAUUUUUGCAGAUUGGUUGAAUAUCAGUGGUUUGAGGCUGGUAUUUCGAAUUUCAAGCUUAGAAUAUCAUCACCCACAAAGGGUUUUGUGUAUUUGGGUGCAUUAGUUGUUGUUUGAUUGUAUUAAUCUAUAAAGAGUUGAAGAAGAGUAAACAAGGGUAAAAGAUGGCAGAAAGUGCUGAAGAUAUGAACAAAGAUGUCUAUUCAAAUGGUUUGAUUCAGAGCUUAAGUAGUUCUUUAGAGGAGAAGCUUGAUGAGCUUAGGCAACUUAUGGGGAAAGCUGAAGGAGAUCCCCUAAGAAUUGUUGGUGUAGGUGCCGGUGCCUGGGGUAGUGUUUUCAGUGCUAUGUUGCAAGAUAGUUAUGGUCACCUAAGAGAUAAGGUUCUAAUAAGGAUAUGGAGGAGACCUGGAAGAACAGUUGAUAGGGCCACAGCUCAGCAAUUAUUUGAAGUGAUCAAUUCUAGGGAAGAUAUUUUGAGGAGAUUGAUACGGCGAUGUGCCUACUUGAAGUAUGUUGAGGCAAGAUUAGGUGAUCGGACACUUUUUGCUGAUGAGAUUCUGAAAGAUGGGUUUUGCUUGAAUAUGAUUGAUACUCCACUUUGCCCUUUAAAGGUUGUGACUAACUUGCAAGAGGCUGUGUGGGAUGCUGAUAUUGUGAUUAAUGGCUUGCCGUCAACGGAAACUCGUGAGGUGUUUGAGGAAAUAAGUAAGUAUUGGAAAGAAAGAGUUACGGUGCCAGUUAUCAUUUCUCUGGCAAAAGGUGUAGAAGCUGAGUUGAAACCUGAGCCACGUAUAUUAACUCCUACUCAGAUGAUCAAUCGAGCAACCGGAGUUCCUAUGGAGAAUAUUCUCUAUCUUGGAGGGCCUAACAUUGCCUCAGAGAUUUACAACAAGGAGUAUGCUAAUGCUCGAAUAUGUGGAGCUGAAAGGUGGAGGAAAGCAUUAGCAAAAUUUCUAAGGCAACCACACUUCAUAGUGUGGGAUAAUGGUGACCUUGUUACUCAUGAAGUUAUGGGUGGCUUGAAGAACGUCUAUGCCAUUGGUGCUGGAAUGGUAGCAGCGCUGACCAAUGAGAGUGCCACUAGCAAAUCAGUAUAUUUUGCACACUGUACAUCUGAGAUGAUAUUCAUCACUUAUCUCCUGGCAAAAGAUCCAGAGAAACUUGCUGGGCCUUUGUUGGCUGACACUUAUGUAACCCUGUUGAAAGGUCGUAAUGCGUGGUAUGGGCAACAAUUGGCUAAAGGUGAAUUGAGCCUUGAAAUGGGUGAUAGCAUCAAGGGAAAGGGUAUGAUUCAGGGUGUGUCUGCUGUAAAAGCAUUUUAUGAGCUACUUGGUCAGUCUAGCUUGAGCGUCCAGCAUCCUGAAGAAAACAAGCCUGUAGCUCCAGUGGAGCUUUGCCCCAUCCUGAGGAUGCUAUAUAGAAUACUAAUAACAAGGGAGUUUCCCCCUCAAGCCAUUCUCGAAGCGUUAAGGGAUGAAGCCAUGUAUGAUCCAAAAGAUCGUAUAGAAAUUGCACAAACUCAUGUCAUCUACAGACCUUCCCUUCUUGGUUAUCAGCCUUGAUUGCUGAUUCUGCCAUCCUUUAACACAAUUCUCAGCAUUUUUUUUUUUAUCAGCAAAAUUCUCAGCGCAUGUAAAUUUUAUGAACCAUAGUACAGGAGUGGAGAACAAGAUUAGAUACAAUGCAGGGACUUUCGUGUAAACUUCUCUUCUUUCUUCUUCUUCUUCUUUUUGGGAACUCCUUAAGUGAUAGAUUCUGAAUGCCUUGUACUCAAUGUUGAUACGAGAAUUUAUUUGAGCUUGUAUGAAUCAGAGCAAUCUAGUUUUGUUCAACAAAGAUAGCUGAUGUAA